AGCGUUUUUACACCAUUUCCCUCCACAGUGGAGGAAAAAGAGAAGAGUCUGAGCGGAAAGUGACGAACCAAUGAAAAACAACACAACAACAACACCAACACCAACAGCACCGAAACAGCGAACCUCAUCAACACAGCUACAGCUGCGAACAGAACAGAGAUAGCCACAUGAAUCAUCCCCAAACCAAAACCAAAACAAAAAACAAAACAAAAUAAAUACAAAUUUCUCUUCUAAAACCUUUUUUCUUCCACUUUUAUCAUCCUCUCUCCCUCUGCCCUGCCUCGAACUCCAAAAAAAAAAAAAAAAAAAAGAAAGGAAAAGCAUUUUGUUUUUCUCUCCCUUGGCCUUCCGAACCGUUUCAGUAAUUUUUUGGAAGAAACAAAAUCGCAGAGCCCGUGAUUUCCCUCUUUUGACUCCUAAAAAGAAAGAAAGAAGGAAAAAAAAAGGAGCACUCUUUCUUCAAUCACUUUUCUUUCUUUCUUCUAUCAUGGCUUCGAAACCCUAGAAAAUGUCUCUGAUAUCGCGAGCGAAACGGUGAAGAUCGGCGACUCGGAGAUCGCUGGUGAUGGGGAAUCGGAGUGGCAGCCGAGUUGAAUCGGGAAUUUCUUUCUUCUUCUGAAAAAAAAAGAAAACAAAAAAAUUAAGAGAGUGCUUUUUGGUGCUUUGCUACGAAAGUGUUGUCUGGAUUCAGAUCGUCGUCGUUGGUUUUCUAUCAGCUUGAUCGAGCUCUGAUCUCGAAGAUUUCUUAUGCGUUCGUUCGUUCGUUGUGUUUGGCGUCGCCUCUCUUGUUUCGGGAAACAAGCGUAACUGCCUCCCAGUUAAGGAUACUUCUGUCCCUUCGUCGCUUUAGUAAGUCAACUUCAAAAGAGCAAAAAAAAAAAAAAAAGUUUUUUCCUUUAAUGCUCUAGAAGUGUUCCGAGGUAGUUUGUUGUUGCUAGGAGGAAAAGAGAAGCGACGUCGUAUUUGGGUCUGGGUUGUUUGUUUGGGUGGAACAAUAUUGAGAAAUGGCUAUGUCCUGCAAGGAUGGUAAACCGGGAUUGGACAACGGUAAGUAUGUGAGGUACACACCUGAGCAGGUUGAAGCCCUUGAGAGGCUCUAUCACGAUUGCCCCAAACCCAGUUCCAUUCGUCGUCAACAGCUCAUUCGGGAAUGCCCCAUUCUCUGCAACAUUGAGCCUAAGCAAAUCAAGGUCUGGUUCCAGAACAGAAGAUGCAGAGAGAAGCAGAGGAAAGAAGCUUCGCGGCUUCAGGCCGUGAAUCGGAAGCUGACGGCGAUGAAUAAGCUUUUGAUGGAGGAAAAUGAUAGGUUGCAGAAGCAGGUGUCACAGCUGGUGUAUGAAAAUGGAUACUUCCGCCAACAUACCCAGAGUACAACGCUUGCAACCAAAGACACAAGUUGUGAAUCGGUGGUCACGAGUGGUCAACACCAUUUGACCCCUCAGCAUCCGCCGAGAGAUGCUAGUCCUGCAGGGCUUUUGUCCAUUGCAGAGGAAACUUUAGCAGAGUUUCUUUCAAAGGCUACUGGAACUGCUGUUGAGUGGGUCCAAAUGCCUGGAAUGAAGCCUGGUCCGGAUUCCAUUGGAAUCGUUGCUAUUUCUCAUGGUUGCACUGGAGUGGCAGCACGUGCCUGCGGCUUGGUGGGUCUAGAACCUACAAGGGUUGCGGAAAUCCUCAAGGAUCGCCCCUCGUGGUUCCGCGACUGCCGAGCUGUGGAUGUUUUGAACGUGCUGCCCACAGCAAAUGGUGGAACCAUUGAGCUGCUUUAUUUGCAGCUCUACGCUCCGACUACUUUGGCGCCUGCCCGAGACUUCUGGUUGUUGCGCUACACUUCUGUUUUAGAAGAUGGCAGCCUUGUGGUCUGUGAGCGAUCUCUUAAAAAUACUCAAAAUGGCCCAACCAUGCCUCCAGUGCAGCAUUUUGUUAGGGCGGAAAUGCUGCCUAGUGGAUACCUCAUCCGACCUUGUGAAGGGGGUGGUUCAAUCAUACACAUUGUUGAUCACAUGGAUUUGGAGCCUUGGAGUGUGCCUGAAGUACUGCGUCCGCUCUAUGAAUCAUCAACUGUUCUUGCUCAAAAGACAACAAUGGCGGCUUUACGUCAGCUAAGGCAGAUAGCCCAUGAGGUUUCUCAGUCUAAUGUCACAGGCUGGGGUAGACGUCCUGCCGCUCUGAGGGUGCUAAGCCAGAGGCUAAGCAGGGGUUUCAAUGAGGCACUUAACGGUUUUACUGAUGAGGGGUGGUCAAUGAUGGGAAGCGAUGGCAUGGAUGAUGUUACUAUCCUUGUAAACUCAUCUCCUGACAAGCUAAUGGGUUUAAAUCUUUCUUUUGCAAAUGAAUUUCCAGCUGUCAGCAAUGCAGUUUUAUGUGCCAAAGCCUCAAUGCUGUUACAGAACGUUCCUCCUGCUAUCCUUCUUAGGUUCCUGCGAGAGCAUAGGUCAGAAUGGGCAGACAACAAUAUUGAUGCUUACUCAGCUGCAGCUGUUAAAGUAGGCCCCUGUAGUUUAGCUGGUUCCCGAGUAGGAAGUUUUGGGGGUCAAGUUAUACUUCCCCUGGCUCAAACUAUUGAGCAUGACGAGUUCUUGGAAGUGAUUAAGUUGGAAGGUGUUGGCCACUCUCCUGAAGAUGCAAUGAUGCCUAGAGAAAUGUUUCUUUUGCAAUUGUGCAGUGGAAUGGAUGAGAAUGCUGUUGGCUCCUGUGCUGAACUAAUUUUCGCUCCAAUUGAUGCGUCAUUUGCUGAUGAUGCACCUCUUCUGCCUUCUGGAUUUCGUAUAAUUCCUUUGGAUUCUGGAAAGGAAGCCUCCAGCCCAAAUCGCACCCUUGACCUGGCAUCUGCUCUUGAAAUUGGCCCAAAUGGAAAUAAAGCGACUAAUGAUUAUUCUGCAAAUUCUGGCUGCGUGAGAUCUGUGAUGACCAUAGCAUUUGAAUUUGCAUUUGAGAGCCACAUGCAAGAACAUGUAGCAUCCAUGGCAAGGCAAUAUGUUCGCAGCAUUAUAUCUUCAGUUCAAAGGGUUGCAUUAGCACUCUCACCUUCGCAUUUGAGUUCACAUGCUGGUCUUCGGUCACCACUUGGUACACCUGAGGCACAGACACUUGCUCGUUGGAUCUGCAACAGUUAUAGGUGCUACUUGGGUGUGGAGCUACUGAAGUCCAGCGGUGAGGGGGGUGAAUCUCUUCUGAAAUCCUUGUGGCAUCACUCAGAUGCGGUUAUGUGUUGCUCUUUGAAGGCACUGCCAGUUUUUACUUUUGCUAACCAGGCAGGGCUGGACAUGCUUGAAACUACCUUGGUUGCGCUACAAGACAUAAGUCUGGAAAAGAUCUUUGAUGAUCAUGGUCGAAAGACGCUUUGCUCAGAAUUCCCACAGAUAAUGCAACAGGGUUUUGCUUGUCUUCAAGGUGGUAUCUGUCUUUCAAGCAUGGGGCGGCCCGUGUCGUACGAGAGAGCAGUGGCUUGGAAAGUGCUGAACGAAGAGGAGAACGCCCACUGCAUAUGCUUUAUGUUUAUGAACUGGUCUUUUGUGUGAUAUUCAGACAGGUCAAGUUACAGAACUACUACUUUGUUAGCUGUUAGACUUUAAGAAAGGAAGGAUAGAAACCUUAAAUGUGUUUUCUUAUGUCUGUCUUUUGGCUAUUAUGACGUUGGAUGUUAAAACUGAAGUUAGUUCCAGACACA